CUGCAUGCAACCAAAGCCCGCUGCAACGUGAUUGGUCAAUACUCCCCGGACUACAGGCGGAAACCGGAACCUUCCUCUCCUGCAGACCCUGCAUCCAUGUGCAGAUGGUAGAAAACAGACGGAGGAGAAGAAAGAAGAUGAGAUGAGUUUGAAGUGUUUGCUGGCUAACCGAGAAGCCAACAUUUUGACAAAUGGAGGAUCGUACGUGUUAUUUAGCAGAAGAAAAAGCGACGGAGCGAAAAGAGGAAGAAGUGAAACUAAAUGUGGACAGACGACGGCAGAAAACAAUGAUCAACAUCGGUGCGGCCUUCCCCAAAUGGAAAUCUCUGAUGAGGGACAAAUGUUUUCAGAGUGACGCCGAAGUUGCCUGUUUUCUGCUGCACAGAAUUGAUUGGACAGAUGAAGGCUCCUCUUACUUUCAUGAAAAAGAUGAUGGAGAUAAAGAUGACAGCUCUGAUGAAGAGGAUCUUCCACCCAUUUGUAUACGAAUGGGUGGAGCAUUAAAGAAAGCACCAUCGAUCGAUCGACUUCCAGUUAUUGGAACGGGCGAGGCAGCGCAUGACCAGCCUGCACGUGAAGACCCUCCUGAUGAGGCUUCUCCCUGUGAUCAGGACCCUGUUUUCCCAUCCCCACAGCAGGUCCUUUGUGAAGAUGACAUCGUUGGUGCCAGAGCUUCAAUAGUAUACGAGGACUGCUUGAGACAGCUGGCUACAUUUCUGAUCCUGCCUGUGAAAAAAUGUACAGGCCUUUUAAAGACUGGUGUGGUGUGUGACUGUGUUGCCCCCUUUGAGAUCAACAUCACUUCCAAGGGCACAGCAACGAGUGUCGAAUGGAUCUGUCCCAAUGGACACAGCUUGUGGAGGUGGAAUUCCCAGCCUGUAAUGAAGUGUGGGACGCAAGCUGGAGAUUUUCUCUUGUCCACCAACAUUUUGUUGUCUGGCAACGACUAUGCGAAGGUCGCCCUCUUGUUCAAGUUCAUGAACAUGGGGAUGGUGAAGAAGAACACCUUUGUGUCCAUUCAGGACGCUUACUGUGUGGACACAGUGAAGAGCUUCUGGGAAGAGAGGAGGACUGAGGCCCUCAGUGGCCUUCAGGGGAAAGAUGUUGUGGUCCUAGCAGAUGGCAGAAAUGACUCUCCAGGCCAUCGUGCACAUUACUGCAGCUACGCCGCCAUGGAGAAUGACACCAAGGAGAUCAUUCAUGUUGCCACCAUCAACAGCAACUCUGUCGUCAUGGAGAAGGAGGGUUUUAUCGAGACUGUAGACAGGCUUACAUCAGAGAUAAAGCAAGAGGAGAACUGCACAGAUGCUAAUGCCCAGAUCACAGCCCUUAUGAACCCAGAUGAAGGCAGAUACAAGGAUCUUGGAAUUCAUCACAGUCUGGACAUGUGGCAUGGUGCCAAGAACCUGGUCAAAAGAAUAGCAGCUGCACAUCGGAUUGACAUCAUUCACCAUAUCUGUGAUGUUCACACCUGGACUAAUGGAAGGUGUCAGCAUGGGCACCUGGAAGAAACACGUGGAAAGCCGUGGAUCCAGAAAGACUCCAGGUGCCACAAAGCUUUAGUGGACAUAAUUCUCAAUAAGCGUUGGCUGAAGGAUGUGCAUAAAUACCUGCGCUUCAGAUCAGCUGCAGACCUAGAGGCUUUCCAGAAUCAUAUAUUGAUGUAUGCCAGCAAGCACUUCACUUUCACUUCCCCAGUUUAUGAGGCAAGAGUUCUGCUUGCUGCUCUGGACUAUAACUUCCACCAGAACCGACCAACAUUAAAAACAGCAGAAGGCAAAGAGAUUUUCAGAAGGGUGUACAACAUAAACAGCAGAAGACACAGGUUAUACGCCCUGAAAUCUGAAAAAACCUACACAAACAUCUCUGAUCUGCAAGCAAGGAUUGUAAAGAGGAGAAUCAGAAGUGGUGUGGGGAUGCCUAGAAGGAAGACGGUGUUGCCUGCAGAUGUCCAGCAGCUGUUGGUGAUUAAAGAAGAGGUUCCCUCUGAGUGGAGCCCCAGUCUGGACCAGAAGGAUCCAGAGCCCCUACACAUAAAAGAAGAACAGGAGGAACUCUGGAUCAGUCAGGAGGGAGAGCAGCUUAAUGGACUGGAGGAGGCUGAUAUCACCAGGUUCCCAUUCACUGCUGUUACUGUGAAGAGUGAAGAUGAGGAAGAGAAACCUCAGUCUCCACAGCUUCAUCGAAGCCAAACUGAGGACAACAGAGAGGCAGAGCCUUCAGCCAGCAGCUCAGCUACGCAGAUAAAAACAGAAACUGAUGGAGGAUCAGAACCUGCUGGGAACCUUGAUCCAGAUAGUCAUUUACAACCAGAUACUGAUGAAAAAGCUUCAGACACUGAAGUCAGUGAAAAUGACUGGCAAGAACCUUUGUCAGAUUCUGAAGCUGAAAGUGAAGACGGUGACAAUGGUUGGAAGAAGACCAGAGCACCUGAGUCAGGUGUAAAUGCUCUGAAAUAUAAGGAAGCUCCUGUAAGUGAUGCAGGAUGUAAUGCUGGGAAAGAAUCUUUUAGUUGCCCUGAAUGUGGUAAACAAUAUCACUAUAAGGGGUCUCUUCAGAGACACAUGGUGUGUCAUUCAGGAAAAAGGUCCUCCAGUCGUCUGGUUAAUAAGAAAUGUUUCAGAGUGAAGGAAAAUGUAGAUUCACAGAUGAGAGUCCACACAGGAGAGAAACCAUUUGGCUGUGAUGUUUGUGGUAAAAGAUUUAUCCAGCAGACAGAUCUUAUUAGACACAUCAGUGUCCACACAGGGGAGAAAAGAUUUGGUUGUGAUGUUUGUAGUAAAAGGUUUAACCAGCAGGUGCAUCUUAAGGAACACAUGAGAGUUCAUACAGGAGAGAAACUAUUUGGCUGUGAUGUUUGUGGGAUGAGAUUUAAUAUCCAGGGAAGUCUUAAGAGACACAUGAGAGUUCACACAGGAGAGAAACCAUUUGGCUGUGAUGUUUGUGGGAUGAGAUUUUCACAAAAGGAAACUCUUAAGAAACACAUGAGAAUGCACACAGGAGAGAAACCAUUUGGCUGUGAUGUCUGUGGUAAAAGAUUUAUCCAGCAGCCACAUCUUAAUAAACACAUGAGAGUGCACACAGGAGAGAGACCAUUUGGCUGUGAUGUUUGUGGGAGGAAAUUUACAGAACAGGGACAUCUGAAAAUACACAUGAGACUUCACACAGGAGAGAAACCAUUUUGCUGUGAUGUUUGUGGGAAGAGAUUUAACCAGCACAUACAUCUUAAGAAACACAUGAGUGUCCACACAGGAGAGAAACCAUUUGGCUGUGAUAUUUGUGGGAAUAAAUUUACAGAACAAAGUUAUCUUAAGAUACACAUCAGAGUCCACACAGGAGAGAAACCAUUUAUCUGUGAGAUUUGUGGGAAAAGAUUUAUAGACCAGGGAUAUCGGAAGAAACACAUGCGAGUCCACACUGGAUAGAAAUUGUUCGCUAAGCACAUUGCUAAGAACCACAGCAGUUUGCAUUGUCUUUUAGUUUUUUUUUCUUGGAUUUAGUCUUUCUCUUCUGUAUAUUAUAAAAUAUAUAUAAAAACUAUUCUGGUUAAAACAAAGUUUUUCCAAAUGUUCCCUUUACCAAAGUUGUUUGUAAAGGAGAGGGAAGGUAUCAAAUGUAUUCCAAACAUCUGAUAAUCUUUAUGAUAGUAACAUCAGUGGUAGCAUACUGUAGGUCUGUGAUGAGGGAAACACAAAAGAAACCAAAGACACUGCACGUCAGGGUAAAGAUUUGUCUUGAAAUUACGGAUUUUGUUUAAAAUCUAAUCAAUAUAUUCAACCUAAGGGAUCCAGUCAUCUCAAACACUGGAGUGCAUAGCAGUGUACUACGUGGAAGGGGACACCUUUAAAUUGCACUUUCUGACUCUGAUUUUGACCUUUUUAAACAGAAACUGUGAUUUUA